AUGUACGUGUACUCUGUAAGGUUUAUGAUAUCGAAUGUUUUUAUAUGUAGAAUCAAACUCUGUGAUGGAAGAUACUUAGCUUACAAAGAACGAGGAGUCCCGAAGAAUGAAUCGACUUACAGAGUCGUUAUUGUUCAUGGAUUCGCUAGCAACAAAGACAUGAACUUCAUGGCUACCCAAAAACUAAUGGAUGAAUUGGGGAUUUAUCUUGUACAAUUCGACAGAGCUGGAUACGGAGAUAGCGACCCAAAUCCAAAGCGUUCGUUAAAGAGUGAAUCAUCAGAUAUUCAAGAACUUGCAGACCAAUUACAGCUUGGAUCUAAAUUCUAUCUCAUUGGUGUCUCGAUUGGAUCAUAUCCCACAUGGAGUUGCAUCAAGAACAUUCCAGAAAGGUUAGCCGGAGUUGUUAUGGUGGUUCCGUUUGUUAAUUACAGAUGGCCGUCGCUUCCUCGUGAUCUGAUACAAGAUGAUUACCGGAAAAAGCUUUCACAGUGGGCGGUUUGGGUGGCGCGUCACACGCCGGGGUUGUUACACUGGUGGUUGACUCAGAAAAUGUUCCCGUCGUCUUCUGUUCUUGAUCGGAACCCUAAAUUUUUCAGCAAUAAAGAUUUGGAAGUUCUUAAAAACACUCCUGGGUAUCAAUUGCUCUGUAAGAGCAAACUGAAGGAAGAGCCGAUAUUUGAUAGUCUUCGAAAGGAUUUCAUUGUGGCAUUUGGGAAAUGGGAUUUUGAUCCGUUGAAUCUGAGCCGUCCAUUUGGUGAAAGUCAAUGUCGUCUUCAUAUAUGGCAAGGUUACGAAGAUAAAGUUGUGCCUGUUGAACUACAAAGGUAUGUUUGGAAAAGGUUGCCAUGGAUCAAGUAUCAUGAAGUUCAUGAUGGUGGCCAUUUGCUUGUGUAUGAUAGUGAUGUAUGUGAAGCUAUGUUGAGGUCUCUUUUGCUUGGUGAAGAUACUCCAUUGUAUAAACCUAAACUAGAUUCAACUAAUGAUUCUUGA